GACAUGUUGGGCUACAGUCCAUGGGGUCACAAAGAAUCCAACAGGACUUACAGCUAAACAACAUGCCUUCCUUCCACAGACACUGAUCCCUAAUAAACUUCCUGCCCACCAAAGUCUAUCUGAAGAGUCUGUCUCCCAGGGAACCCAAUCUGUGACAAUGGGCUUCAUUUAUGAGAAGUGCUGAUGGAUAUGAGGAGAAGUUAAGAAAUGCAAAAAUUAAGAAAUGAGUGGUGACAAAAAUGAAACAAGCCAAGAAUGGGCAACUCAUUUAUGUAAUUUUGCUUUCACAGACAGGAGGACGACCAAAACCAAGAUAGUAAAAGGGACUCAACACUCUGCCUCCUCUUCAGUAUGGGAAUAUUUGACUGAAAGAUAAAUACCACUUAAACACACAGGAUUCAAUAUCGCCAAAAUUAAUCUUUAACAAAGAGCGAAUGGUAGUUAAAAAGUAUUACUCUAUGAUAAUCGAGACAUCAAGAUCUUUCAUCAUUUCAUUAACGAGUUAGGAGAAUGACUAACCAGCAUCUUUAAAAGACCAAAAUAAACCUUUAACUUGGCUACCAUACAUCAGUCUCCUAAGUUUACAUUUUUACUGCUAGUAGCUGAUAAAACUAGAUCUUUUAAACCAUUCCUCCCACAACUCCCUCCUAGUCCUAGCUGAAGCCAAAGACUCAACCCGUUUCCCAGAUAAGAGACUUAACAACAGUAAUCAAGAGACAUCUGCCAAGUAUUUCGCUGGAAAGUCAGAUAAAGAUGCCAAAAAAGUAAGUCAAUACAAGAAACGAAACUUUUAGGGAAUUAAAAAACUAUAUGACAGUGUUAUUUCCAGCGAGUAUUACGGAGUGGAGGGAGACUGUAGGUUAAGUCUCGAGGCAAAGCUUUAAGUAAGAGAAUAAAACCGGAGAAAUCCUCAGGAAAUAGCAAUAGAACAGGCGCUUGCCACAGGCAGGUGUCUUAAAAUUUUCUCAUUCCAGGAGUGCAUGUUACUCCGAAAGAGCCCUCCAAUGUCUCCUAAAGCACGGACGGAAAAGAAAAUUUAGACCAGCGGCAAAUACGAAGGGAGGAAAUUUGCGAUUGCCCCGGAAACAUUUUAUUUUGCGUAGGCAUCUCGAGAAUUUUUUUCUGCGAUUCGUUACUUGAUCCGGAAGAAGAGAUGGCAAACAUCACCUUUGAUUGGAUUACAGUACAAGGGCGAGGUGCUAGCGAGCCAGUCAUCUUGGCGACCGGAUGUGACGAUACAGGAAGCUGGCAGGCUGAGCUUUGCUAGCUGGCGGCUUUGGUGGGCGGGGUCGGCCGAGCCCUGCUGGCUCGGUCUUCACGGCUGACCCGGGACCCAUAGGGGCGGCGCCAUUAAGGCCACGCCUCCAGCGCUGAUUCCGGGCGGCUCUGGAGCGAAGUCCCAGGCGCUGAAUGGGUGGAGACUCGAGACCCUUCUCUGAGAGGCUAGGGACGGACCCGCCCCGUCAGUCUCUUCUAUUCUUCCGGUUUUGGGUGGCUGCGCCGCCUCCCUCCGAAGCCUGAGGAUACACCCUUUCGAGAGCCUGCCCUCUUUCUCCUUUCAGCUUCGACCCCCUCUGAAUUGCUCCGGGACAGCUCCAGCCCAACAUUCUCGCUCUCACUCUCGUUCUCGUCCCUUGGAGGACCUCGGCCCCGACACUGCCCCCUUUCCUGAAUGUACUGGCCCCUCCCAACCCUAUAAAAUGUCCAAUAACCUACAAAGGGUCUUCUUGAAACCUACAGAGGAAAAGUCAGGCAACGCCUCGCAUUGUGUUUCAGGCUGCAUGUACCAAGUAGUUCAGACGAUUGGCUCGGAUGGAAAAAAUCUUCUGCAAUUACUUCCAAUUCCUAAUUCCUCUGGAAAUCUUAUGCCACUAGUUCAAUCUUCAGUCAUGUCUGAUGCUUUGAAAGGGAAUACAGGAAGUCCAGUUCAAGUUACUUUUCAGACUCAGAUUUCCAGCUCUUCCACAAGUGCAUCAGUUCAAUUGCCCAUUUUUCAGCCAGCCAGUUCUUCAAACUGUUUUCUUACAAGAACAGUAGAUACAGCAGAAAAAGUUAGAGUUACUUCUGUGGGAACUGAAAAUUUUACCUCAUCAGUUUCUAAAGUUCAGAGUCAUGGUGUGAAAAUUGAUGGACUCACCAUGCAAACAUUUGCUGUUUCUCCCUCUUCAACACAAAAUGAUUCAUCUUACAUUUUAGUAAAUACCCAGAGUCUCCCAAUGACUGUGAAGUCUCCGGUUUUGCCUUCUGGGCAUCAUUUACAGAUUCCAGCCCAUGCUGAAGUGAAAUCUGUACCAGCGUCAUCAUUGCCUCCUUCAGUUCAGCAAAAGAUACUUGCAACUGCCACCACAAGUACCUCAGGAACAGUUGAGCCCUCCCAAAUACCUACUGUUAUUUAUGUAUCUCCUGUAAAUACAGUGAAAAAUGUAGUUACCAAGAACUUUCAAAACAUUUACCCAAAACCUGUUACAGAAAUAGCAAAGCCAAUGAUUCUAAACACCACACAGAUUCCAAUGAAUGUUGCUAAAGAGACACAGUUAAAAGGUGGUCAGCAUUCUCAAGCUGCUCCAGUGAAAUGGAUUUUUCAAGAAAAUCUACAGCCUUGCACUCCAUCUCUUGUUCCUGUUAAAUCUUCAAAUAAUGUGGCUUCAAAGAUUUUAAAAACUUUUGUAGAUAGAAAAAAUUUGGGAGAUAAUACUGUAAAUAUGCCACCAUUGAGUACCAUCAGUCCUAGUGGGACACAAUCCAAAAGUAUGCCUAUUAAAGAUAAUGCUUUGGUUAUGUUUAAUGGGAAAGUCUAUCUCUUGGCUAAAAAGGGGACAGAUGUUUUGCCAUCACUAAUUGACAAACAGAAUUCAGUUUCUUCUGAUAUUCCACCAAGAAAAGAUGCAUCACAGAUAGUGAGUUCAAGUCCAGUCACAGAAAUAUCCAGAGAGGUUGUAAAUAUUGUUUUGGCUAAAAGUAAAUCUUCCCAGAUGGAGACAAAAUCAGUUUCAAAUACUCAGCUUGCUUCCAUGGCCAAUUUAAGGGCAGAGAAGAAUAAGAAAGUGGAGAAACCAUCUCUUUCUGCCCCAAACCCACAUAGUAUGAACCAAUCUAUUAACUACUUAAAGCAGAGUAAGACUUUAUUCUCAAAGCCAGUCUUACCAGAUGGAUUUAGUACAGGACAAAAUGCCCCCAGGAAAGGAAAUAUCAUCCAGAGCAUAGAGAAAAUAAGUUCCUCUGUUGAUGCAACAACUGUUACUUCACAACAGUGUGUUUUCAGAGACCAAGAACCAAAGAUCCAGAAUGAGAUGGCAUCAACACUAGAAAAAGUUACUCAAGAAAGAAAUGAUAAGAACAGUUCUCAACGAAGAAGCAAAAAGGUGUCAUAUCUGAAGAGUGAUGCUGAACUUAAAAAGAUAUAUGGUAUCACUAAAGAUUUGAGAGUGUGCCUUACUCGGAUUCCCCAGCAGUUGGGCUCUGGAGAAGGUUUUGAUUCCUUUAGCCCUUUGGUGAAGAAUGAAACUUACAAAGAAGCAGAGUUUAUAGUGAAGGAGGAAGGGAGAAAACAGCAGGGUAUUGAUAAGAAAAGAAAAGCAAAAACCACUAAGAAGAUGGAUCGUCCAAAGAAGAGAAGAACCAAUAGUGUUAAUAACACAACUAUAAAUGGAGGAGCUAAUGUCACCAGUUCCCAGGUCAUUAGCAGUAUUUUGCCAACUUCAGAUGUGUCAAACCAUAACAUCCUCACAAGCUGCAACAAAACCAGAGAAGAAAAGAGAACUGAGGUAGAGCAUUGUACUCAUGGAAACCAAGAAAAAGGCACACUGAGCUCAAGUACAGCUUUUGAACAAAUCCAUUCCUUUAAUAAAAAUUAUACUGAAGAUAUUUUCCCAAUGACACCACCAGAGUUAGAAGAAACCAUUAGAGAUGAAAAGAUAAGAAGACUUAAGCAAGUGCUGAGAGAGAAAGAAGCAGCUCUUGAAGAAAUGCGUAAGAAGAUGCAUCAAAAAUAAUAAAAAUGGCUGUUCUUAAAGGCAUCAGUGAAAUAGCUGUGUUUUUUCAUAUACUUUUGCAUUAAGUUAUAGGUGCAUUCUGAAAGUGUUUUUGAAUGUGAAAAUUGUCUUUUCAUCAGCUGAUUAUAAAAUUUUAUGUAAGAAAUAUAGAAAAGGUUAACUUACAUUUGACUUUUAUGAAUAACUCAUGGGAUAUCUGAAUCUUUGUCUAUAGAUACCUUUUUUUGGAAGGAAAAAUUUUCUAUUUUUCUAUUACUUCAACUAGAAUUCCCGAAGUUUGAAUAUUUGUUAUUGUUUGUAUGUUUAGCUAAAUUGCUCAGAUGUUAUUCCAGCAAUAGUUCAUUAUUGUGUACUUUUAAAAUUAUAUAAUCCAAGAUAGGAAGUCAGCUCAAAGCUUAACUUUACCAGUGAGCUUGUAUCUUUAUAUGUCUCUUUACCCAUAAAAUGACAAUACCUUCUACUCACCAUUGUUGUAAGUUUUUCUUAAAUUUUAUGAAAGAAAAUGUAUUAUAGCAGCAUUAUUAAAAGCUUCAAACAUUU